AUGUUGCUGCUCCUGUGGCAUUUGACGCUAAUCGCCCUCGUACUCGCCGCCUUUGCGGCCGCAGCGGCUUGUCUCGUGCUCUGUCGUAAAUCAAAUUCUGUACCGGACACGGAGGGGUGGAAGGAGCUGGUGAAGGCGGGAAAGAUUCUGCUCUUCGACGAGGAUCGGGCGGUGGCGUUUGGGCCGCAGUAUGCCUCGGCCACCCAGAAGUACUCCACCAUCCCGUACGCGCUCUCCUUCUCCGAGUACGAGUUUGUGCUCGGCCGAUGGAACAUGAUGAGCCCCUCUCCGUACGUCAGCCGGCAGCAGUGCCUCGUCCAGCUUCUGCAGGACGGCAACGCGAUGCUGACCUCGACCGGCAAGCCCGCGACCGGCGUGCGCGCGCGGGGCGGACAGUGGAACGCACUGUACACCGGGCAGACCCACUACCUCUCUGACGGCGACGAGGUGGCCCUCGACGCGCAGAGCCCGGACAGCGCCGUGUUCACCUUUGAGCACCUCGCGAUGCAGGGCUUUCAGCAGCAGGGCUAUCAGCAGCAGCAGGGCGGGGGCUACUACUAGAUUGCGCUGCCGAGCCGCCGCAGAGGGCCGGGCCGCAACCCACGGCAACCGUGCCGUUUCGCUCUUGCCUUCGCACUGCCGCGUGCGAUCGUCUGAGUUUUGCCCCCACGGAAGUUUUCUCGUGAAUGAAUAAUCACUGUGUAUCCA